AUGUCCAUUAUCAAAGUUGUUCAAGACAGUUCAAAGCUUAUUAGACCAACAUUUUACGAUGAUUCGAGUGAUGAAGAUCAUUAUGGUCGAGCAUCAAGUCUCACUACUAGCGAGUUUGUUCCUCUUACUGUCUUUGAUAGGUUAGCAGAAGACGAGCAUUCGUGUACAUUGUACGCUUAUAGACCACCAAACCCAUCAAACAUACUGCUAGAAGAAGGUCUCCGGAAAGCUUUAUCAGAGUAUCCAGAAUGGGCUGGAAGGUUUGGUAUAGAUGAUUGUGGUCGACGUGUAAUUCUACUCAGCAAUGAAGGUAUGAGGCUCAUUGAAGCAUCGACUAACUGCACUCUCGAUGAGGCUAUGCCCUUUAAAAAAUCUACAUUACUGAGCUUUAACCCAAGCUAUGAAGGAAUUGAAGAAUUAGCUCUAGUUCAGCUCACUAGAUUCACUUGUGGUUCAUUAGUUUUAAGUUUUUCAUCAAACCACAUGGUUGCAGAUGGUAUUCUUAUGAGCCGAUUCAUGAUCGCAUGGGGUCAAGCUUGCCGUGGAAUUGACAUGCAUCCGUGUCCUUCACAUGACCGAAACAUUUUUUCUCCUCGUGUUCCUUCUUGUGUCAAGUUUGAUCAUAUGACUGCUGAGAUCACAAAGAGAGAUAUCAUUCAAGAAUUUGUCAAACCUCCAUAUUCAGGGGAUGAUGUGAUUCAACACAAGGUUCAUUUCAGCCCCGAGUUUCUAGCCAAGAUAAGGAGUAAUGCUUCUUCUUUACGGUCAGGUAUUGUGAAUGGCGAGCAAAGACCUUAUAGCACAUUUGUAAGCUUAGCUGCUCAUUUAUGGAGAACCAUUACAAAGGUUCGAGAUCAUGCCAAAUUUCAGAAAACUGAAAUGCGGAUAUCCGUGAACGGUCGAAGAAGGAUGAAACCACGAAUUCCUGACGAGUUCUUUGGUAAUUUAGUACUCUGGGCUAACCCUGAAGCUCAGGCAAAGGAUAUAUUGGAUGAACCACUGAGUAGUACUGCGGAGACAAUACAUGAUGCAGUAGCUAAGGUGAACGAUGAUUACUUCAAAUCUUAUAUUGACUUUGCAACUUACAACAUACAGGAGGAAGAUUUAAUACCUAAAGAAAAUUGGUCAGUGCCAUCUUGGUGGCCAAAUCUGGAAGUUGGUUGUUGGCUUGGAUAUCCAUUUAGUGACAUUGAUUUCGGGGUUGGGAAACCGUGUAUUAUCAUGCCUCCGUUUCAUGAUUGGGAGGGUGUUAUAUACUUACUUCCAUCCUGUGGUGGUGAUGAAGGUAUAGAUGUUUACUUGAGUUUAUUUCAACAACAAUUGGGUCUUUUUGAAAAGUUAUGUUACUCCAUAGACUAA